CACGUCAGUUGCUGGUUGACCUCCAGAGGGAGAGUGGGAUUCCAGACUGAGUUGGCAGACACUUUGUCUCUGAUUUUGUCUGUCAUUUGCUGCCUGCAAAAAGAAAAAUAAUUAUUGGGCCUGGCUCACCAAGAAGACCAUUAUUGGUCACUGUACCUUGGCAAUCUGUAUAAAAUUGCGAACUUUCUGACACAAUGAAUUGGGCUUUCCUUCAAGGCAUACUCAGUGGGGUGAAUAAAUAUUCCACAGGAUUUGGUCGGAUAUGGUUGUCCGUCCUCUUCCUCUUCCGAGUCUUGGUUUAUGUGGUGGCGGCAGAAAGAGUUUGGGGAGACGACCAAAAAGACUUUGAAUGCAACGUCAAGCAACCUGGUUGUGAAAAUGUCUGCUUCGAUUACUACUUCCCCGUCUCCCACAUCCGACUGUGGGCUCUGCAGCUCAUCUUUGUCUCCACUCCAUCCCUGCUGGUGGUCAUGCAUGUCGCUUACAGAGAAGAAAGGGAGAGGAAGAACAAGCUGAAAAAUGGGGAGACUUGUCACACUCUUUACAGUGACACAGGGAAAAAGAUAGGAGGACUGUGGUGGACUUAUGUUAUCAGCCUUGUGUUUAAAGCAGGGAUUGAUAGUGGGUUUCUGUACAUUCUUUAUAGCAUCUAUAAAGAUUUUGAAUUGCCUCGCCUUGUUAAAUGCGAACUAGCCCCUUGCCCGAACACUGUGGAUUGCUUCAUAGCCAGACCGACUGAGAAAACCAUCUUCACUAUUUUUAUGGUUGUUACUGCAGCCUUGUGUGUUCUUAUAAAUGUCUGUGAGUUUACAUACCUUGUAAGUAAGAGAAUUGUGUCCAGUUGCUGUUCCUCAGGCAGACGAAAGCGCACAAGUCAAUCCACAAGGGCCUCAACUGCUUUAUUUGAAAAGCCAUCCAGUGCAAAUUUCAUUCCAGAAGAUAAGUCAUUUGCUGGAAAUCAAAGUCCAAAUGUUGUCAUUCAUUUGAAGUCCUGAAAUUUCCAAGUCAAAAGUUAUUUCCAUUUGAAUGUACUGAACUAAUUAUGUACAGAACUUCUUGCAAAGUAUUUUUCUCCAUCUAAUGAAUACUUAGCCUCAACAAGCAAUCCUUGAGCUGGCCCCAUUUUGUAUGAUGAUAAAGCUUCUCCAGUAAGCUUUAAGUCACUUAUAGAAGGUCUUCACAUUAUCCAGUCUAUCUCCAGUCUCUGGUUCAAGGACUUCCUGUAUCUAGUUUGCAGGUACAGUGAUAUUACUUGACGUCAGAUUAAAUUCAAUCUGGCCUUAUUUUGGUUUCAUCAGUCGAUCCAUGCUAGCUGUUAAGGAUUCCAAUAAAAAGAUUCAUAAAUAAAACUAUAGAAUGUUAAGGAGAGUAAGACUGAAGAUCAUGCAAAAUCUUUUCAAUUAAGUGUAAAGUUUACGGGACAGAGUUAGCAGUGGAGACCGUUGAAGCAAUUACAUCAUCAAAGUAAGAGAGAAAUACAAGGCAAUGACCACCUCCACCAAGGAAGUAUCUCAGACCAACAUGCCCAUGGCACCCAAAAUCACCACUGAUCUCUCCAUUAACAUCCUUGGGGAGGCGGCAUGGACUAGAAACUCGCCUGGACCAGUCACAUAAAUGACAUGGCUACACAAGCAGGUCAGACACUUGGAGUUCACAAACACAAUCUGUCUCUUUCAUGAUAGCAUGCUAUAACAGUACUGUGCAAUGUCUCCACUAAUGAGUAAUUAUUCCUGUCAAAAUAGGCACCAAAAAGGACUUGCAGUCAAUGCUUUUUGUGAUUUUUAAUGCCAUAAUGCUACAGCUCAUGUCUGAUAGGCUUCCCCAACAUCUGUCGACAGUGAGUUGCACUGAUGGCAAGCUCUUUGACAUUAAUAACUAAAGUCAAAGCUGAGAUACCACAUCGGUAAUAGAAUUACAAUAUACUGUUGAUGUCCAAGUUAGUUCUCACCCUGAAGGAUAACUUCAACAGCUUGUUUAUGUAUUCGCCAAAAUCUACAACAGCAUGAAACUACUGGAAGACCAAAGUCCACUAUCAAUACUCAUCAUAUUCAACAACUUCAAAUAAGAUUGUUGGGGAUGUGCAGGAAAAUCUAUCCUCACUUCCCAUAUCUUGGAAACUUUCUAUCUCAAAAAGCAAAUGGUGUUGAAGAGGCACAACACCAAAUCCACAGGCUCGAUGAACCUUUUCCAUAUUGUGAUAUCAGUCAUGAUAUUAAACUCAGAAUCUGUCACACAGUAAUUCUUCAGUGCUUCUUCAUAAUGCCACACCUUGGAAAGUCAUAGAUGCCAUAUCAAGACCAAGAACAGCAUUGUUAACACAACUUUCACAACAUAAUUCUGUAAAACUGAGAUUACACAAGCUUUUAGCAGCACUCCUUGCUGUUAGAAGCACUCCCUGAACAUUUCACUGCUACAAGUUCUUUCAUUGAUGUUUUAAUAUGUUAACAUGGACAGAAUACUAACUCCACCUACCCCAUUCCAGCAUCCUAAAGCUUUGCGAGGUAGCCCCUCAGCAGCUGGUUGUGUUA